AUGGGUAUUUCAACGAUUACGGCAGGUCGAAUUCGAAAAGGACAAAUACUUGGUCAGUUGGGUGAAGAUUUUAUCACUGAAAUGGAACAAUUUUCUCAUCUAGGACUUGUUAAAACUUAUUGUACUGAUCAUCAAACAUCAGAUUCAGCUGCGACAGCAACUGCUUUAUUGUGUGGAGUGAAAACAUCACUUGGUACAAUUGGUUUAGAUGGACGAGCUUCACGAGCAAAUUGUUUGAGUUCACACGGAGCUCACGUCGACAGCAUACUGGAUUGGGCAAAAGAACUCGGACAUCCUGUCGGUAUUGUGGUUACUUCUCGAAUCACUCAUGCUUCACCAGCUUCUGCAUAUGCUCAUUCUCCUGAACGUAAUUGGGAAGGCUAUGAUUCAAUCAAUUUUGGUGCGAAACAAGCUGCGCAAGGUUGUGUAGACAUUGCUCAUCAGCUCAUGCUUCAGUCACCACCUAUCGACAUUCUUUUCGGUGGAGGUCGAAGAUUCUUCUAUCCAACGCAAAAACCUGAUGUCGCGAAUUCUUCAUUAUAUGGAGCACGUACAGAUAAUAUUUCAUUGAUUGAUGAGUUUUGGAAAGGAAGUCGAAUUGAUCAUGGUCAUCAUUUUACUCAGGCGAGAUAUGCGCUUGAUGAUUAUGUUGAAUUUGAUAAUACUAUUGGCCAAGUAAAACGUAUACUACAAGAAAAAGGUGUUCUUAAUGAUACAUUACUUGUUGUUACUGCUGAUCACUCCCAUUCUUUUUCUUUUGGUGCUGGAUCAGCUCGUGGCUCAAACAUUUUUGGGUUUGGUACGCUAGAUAAUGCUAAUGUGAGCACUGUUGAUAAAAUGCCAGUGCAUAUUAUAACUUAUGGCAACGGUCCCAAUUUUGCAGCUACUCGCAAUAAGGCAUAUUUUGAUUCGAUAGAUUUUAAUAGAACCGAAUAUAAAUGGCCAGCAGCUAAUCCAAUGGUAGAAGCAACACAUGCUGGUGAAGAUGUGGCUGUGUUCGCACAAGGACCAUGGAGUCAUUUAUUUAUAGGAACGAUGGAACAACAUACAAUUUCUCACAAAAUGGCUUAUGCAGCUUGUUGGGGUGCUUAUAAAACAAGACAAGGAUGUAAAUGA